CAGCCAGGGCGCGGACCUGUUGCUGCUGCUGCUGCUGCUGCAAGCCUAGCCAAGCACUACUCUCACCUCCCCGCGGCAUUAAUACAUUCUCCUUUCCUAUUGGGUUCCUGCCGGGUCUCUGCUCUUCCAUUUGCGCGCCUGCUCGCGACCGCGAUUCGAUCGGUAGUGGCUAUGAUGUCUACGCUUGUGCACAACGCCUGUGCUGCCUGCUGUCACCACCCAUGGACGAGCGAUGCAUCUAGGCAGGACUUCAUGUCAGGGAAGCGCGAUCGUAGCCUCAGUAAGGCUGUACCAACAAGAAGGCCGUAUGUGGUCAGUAGAGCAGUAAGGAGUUCCUUGGAGGCUGCCACUGAUUCUCGAGGAAGCCACUCCCAUCAGUGGUUUGACCUGCCCUAUGCCCUCAGUUGCCCUGUAGACCGAGACAUAAACGUGGAACGCUGGGUUGAAGACUCUGUAGAUGAGAUUGUUAAAAACAUCCAGGAGGCGCCCUUCUUGCAGUAUGUCUACAAUUCCAAGGGCCGGUUUGGGAGAUCACAGCGACAGAAGGUCUCCCAAGACCUUUUGCAGAAUCCAAACCACUGGCAGUCUGUUCGAAAGUCUUUGUCCACGCAUAACCCAGAUGGUGUCAUCCUUGUGCAAAAGCUGGAUUCGGGACUAUCGGCCCCUUAUUGUCUUGCACGGGUCUUCAAUGAGGAGACGGCAUGCCCCCUACUCGCCGACGGUGCAGAGACCAUCGUGUGGGGAGUACUUGUACAAGCCAGAGGCGCGCGAGAAAAUGCUUGCUAUCUCUUGAAGACCACAAGUGUGCCAUCGUCUGCUGGGAUCUGCACCCGAUACUGUCUGACGAAGGCCAAGUGUUUUGGGCCUUCACUCAUUGAACAGCUUGAGAACGCGUGGUUGCUGUAAUCAACUAACUUUAGAUCUAAAUUGUUUGUGAAUGAAUCGGCUAAAAUCUUGGUACCCUUUUUUCUGUCAUUUCUCUCUCCAUCUGCUCAAGUCUAAAGGCUAGGUGUUGGUGGAAUCGACAAACUAUUGAGGCGGAACCUUGGUGUACCAUAUUCAGUGUAGGAAUCGUAGGAAUUGUUUAUAUCAUUCAAUGGCAAUAAUCUGCCAGUUAUUAUAUUUUAGGACCCAUGACUUUGUACCAAUAUCAAUGAAAUAAGUAACGUAACAAAGUAAGCCUUGGCUGAAUAGAUGCGUGCUACACCCAUGAACAUU